GGCACCUGAAGGCUCCGCUGGAGCAGUAUAUGGUGCGUCUCCCGAAGGUGCGGAUCCUGCGCACUCAGAAGCGUGAGGGUCUGAUCCGCACCAGGCUGCUGGGGGCCGCCGCCGCCCGCGGGCAGGUCAUCACCUUCCUGGACUCACACUGCGAGGCCAACGUCAACUGGCUGCCGCCGCUGCUGGAUCGAAUCGCACAGAACCGGAAGACCAUCGUGUGUCCGAUGAUAGACGUGAUCGACCACGAUAACUUCGGCUAUGAGACGCAGGCGGGCGACGCCAUGCGCGGGGCGUUCGACUGGGAGAUGUACUAUAAACGCAUCCCCAUCCCUGCACAGCUGGCCAAACCUGACCCCAGCGAGCCCUUCGACUCUCCAGUGAUGGCCGGUGGGCUUUUCGCUGUGGACAGGAAGUGGUUCUGGGAGUUGGGAGGAUAUGACACGGGUCUGGAGAUCUGGGGUGGAGAGCAGUACGAGAUCUCCUUCAAGGUGUGGAUGUGCGGCGGCCGUAUGGAGGACAUCCCCUGCUCUCGGGUCGGUCACAUCUACCGUAAAUAUGUGCCGUAUAAAGUGCCGGGCGGAGUGAGCCUCGCCAGGAACCUGAAGCGUGUGGCGGAGGUGUGGAUGGACGAGUAUGCAGAGUUCCUGUACCAGCGGCGUCCGGAGUACCGGCACCUGUCGUCAGGUGAUGUGUCCCAGCAGAAGGAGCUGCGCAGCCGGCUGCACUGCAGGAGCUUCCGCUGGUUCAUGGAGGAGGUGGCCUGGGACCUGCCCAAACACUACCCGCCCGUGGAGCCUCCGGCAGCCGCAUGGGGAGAGCUGCGUAACGUGGGCACUGGGCUGUGUGUGGAGAGCAAACACUUCUCCUCCGGGUCCCCGAUCCGCCUGGAACCAUGCCUGAGGAGCCGCGGAGAGCCCAGCUGGAGCCACGGGCAGGUGUUCACCUUCGGCUGGCGGCAGGACAUCCGCGUGGGAGACCCUCUGCACACUAAGAAGGUCUGUUUCGACGCGGUAUCGCACAACAGCCCCGUCACACUGUACGACUGCCACGGCAUGAAGGGCAACCAGCUGUGGGCAUACAGGAAGGACCGCAGUCUCUUCCACCCGAUCAGCAACAGUUGUGUAUCAGCAGACGCAGCACAGAAGCGGCUCCUCAUGAGCUCCUGCGACGCCUCGUCCUCCAGCCAGCAGUGGGUCUUCCAGAACACCAACAGCAGCGUGCUGGACUCCUUCAACCAGCGCACAUAACGCCUGUGUGUCUGCGCCUGUGCUCGUGUGUGAGUGUGUAUAUAGAUGAACUCCUGGUCGACAGAGAGACACUCUCACUGCUGCUGCACACACAUGCACACACACACACACGCGCGCACACACACGCAUUGUUUAGAUGCAGCUGCUUCUCCAUCAUCAGUGUGUUCACCGCUGCACACCGCAGAGAAUGUGUGAGAAUCUCCAGCAGCAGCAGCAGCCGAUGUGUUCCAUCUCAGUUCUGCGUCAGCAUCGACAGCCGGAUCACUCCAUCAUCUUCAUCAUCAUCUUCAUCAUCAUCAUUAUUUUCAUCUGUUAUAUUAUUAACACACACACACACACUUUCUGCUGUAGUAGACACAGUGUUGUAUUUAACAGCUGAAGGUGUGUUCACUGCUGGAGUGUGUGUGUGUGUGUGUGUGUGUGUGUGUGUGUGUGUGUGUGUGUGUGUGUGUGUGUGUGUGUGUGUCACUCCUGUGCCUUUGCUGAAUCUGCUCCACUUUUCUAUCUCUCUUCAGAUGUUGGGUAUUUUUACAGAUCUUGUGUGCUGUUCGGCUGUGCAGAGACUAUUUUCAGGUGUGUGUGUGUGCGCGUGCGUGUGUGUGUGUGUGAUCUGCAGACGCUGUCAGUGAUGUAGCAGGUGUAUUUUUAUACUGAAGCAUUGAUGAUGUUCACUGCUGAUCUUAAAUUAUUAGCGAAUAUGAAUGUGCAGGUCUGAUCAUCAUCAUCAUCAUCAUUAUUCAUAGCUAACACAGGCUGUGUGUGUGUGCGCGCGUGUGUGUGUGUGUGUGUGUGUGUGCUCCUCUGCUCUUCAUCACGGCUGCAGUUUAUCUGUUAUAUGAACUCUUCAGAUAUUAAAGUCCUGCAUUAUUCUGA